CUCUUCUCUCCCAGAUUUCCCCUGCCUCCCAAUUUUCCCCUGUUCAACCACAUCAGAGAGAAGAGCAAGUCACGGCUAAUGGCUGCCACUCACUAUGAGUUUGUAGGAGAAGUACCUCUGGACAUUCUCUGUGGAAUCUGCCUGCUGGUACCACAUGAUCCGCAGCGAGUCACGUGCUGCGGACGCCAUUUCUGCCACCCGUGUAUCUCGGAGUGGAUGCAGGUUCAGUGCGGCCAGUGUCCGCUCUGCUUCAGACCCAACACCAGUCACCACGACGACCCUAGUCUGGCCCAGAGGAUCCUCCUCUUCCACGUCUACUGCACCUCCAGACAAAAGGGCUGCAACUGGCAAGGCACGCUACGAGAUCUCGAGGUAUAAGUAUACAUACUGUAUUAAUGUAUAUACCUCCAGCCUAGUAUGGUUUUUGACACUGUGCGAUUUUAUAUGCUUGUGCAAGGUAACAAAUUGUUAGUUCUGAAAUGUUUGCAUGUAAGUUGCACAAACACUGCUUUUUCCAUGUACCAUUAUUUUGCACCACAUGCGAAGUCACCCUCUUCUCGUUUUUCUCUCUCU